AACACAGCAGAGUAAUGCUCUUCUAACUGCUGCUCGAAUCUUCAUCUUCAUCAUCAGUCUGUGUAACGAAAUGGCUGAACUGCGAUGUAGAAAACCAGGUGAGAAGAAGGAGGCUGAUUCUAAAGUGGAUAAAGCACAGGACAAAGAUGUUAAAGCAGAUCCCAGCGCUGUCAAAACAGAAGACACAGACAGAGAAGGAGCAGCGGAUGAUACCGUGACUGAAGAAGUGCAAAAAGGGGGCGUUGCUGACACCUCCUCACCCGCCGAGCAGGAACAGAAAGUCGAGCAGGACUCGAACCCAGCGUCAGCCAAGGAGGCACCCAAGAACAGCAAAUCUGUACUGUUCCAGCGGAUGGCGAAAGUGUUUACUGGAUGCGUGGCAGCAGUCACCUGCGGGAUGAUGUACGCCGUAUACCUCAGCACAUACCACGAGAGGAAGUUCUGGUUUUCCACCCGCCAGGAGAUGGAAAGAGAGAUUACUUUCCAGGGAGGCAGUGGUCUUUAUUACUACUACUACAAACACAUGCUCUUCGCCUCAUCCUUCGAAAGGGGAGUAUAUGAGCUGACGAAAGAUAACAGGACAGUUUCAGGUCAGACCAUUAAUGCAGUAGAGCAGCUCUCGCUCUACCCAGAGCUCCUCAGCAGUCUGCUUUAUAAACUGAGUGGCAGCCAGGACAUUGAGCCGGUGUAUUUCUACAUUGGUGUGGUGUUCGCACUACAGGCCGUCUAUGUGACGGCUCUGUUCGUCUGCAGCUGGGUGAUGAGUGGAACCUGGGUUGCGGGCAUGCUGGCAGUGGCCUGGUACAUCAUCAACAGGCCAGACACCACUCAGGUAGACUACGCCAUUCCUCUGAGAGACAACUGGGCUCUGCCUUACUUCUCAUGCCAAGUAGUGGCACUAACAGGCUUUCUGAGCAACAGCGUAAGCUCUGCUACAGAGAUGUUCUGUUACCUGCUGAUGAGUGUGACGACCUUCACCUUCAUAGUGAUGUGGGAGCACAGUCAUUACGUGUUGUUUGUCCAGGGAGUCGCACUCUUACUGCUUGACUGCUUUGACCUUGUACCAGCUCGCAAGACAGCAGAUGUACAUAAAGUAUACGUGAGCUCCUUGUUGCUGGCCUAUGUUCUGCAGUACCAGAAGCCGAGUCUGCUUUCCUGUCCUCUACUCAGUCUGCUUAUAGCCAAUACGCUGGCCAAAUACCUGCAGCAAAAUAUGAAGAUGGGCCCUUUGGUUGCGAGACUAAUAAAGAUUGUCCUGCACCUCUACUUGGUUUUUACAACAGGCAUCACGUUUAAUUACCUCAUCACGAAAAUGGUUCCAGGCAGUCAAAGUGAUCUCAUGCUGAAAUUUCUGGAGGUCAAGUUUGGGCUGAAUACGACGACGGAGUUCAUUCCAAACCUUCUGCUUUGUGAGGAGGGAUUUCAGGCACCGGGGCAGGACUUCUUCCUACGGCUCACCCACACCUCUGUCCUGCCUUUCUAUGUGCUCGUGCUGCUUGUCUGUGUGCUCUCAACCAUGCAAACCAUCUACAGAAGACUCAGUGGGGAGCGGUUUCAGGGCAGCGUACGGAUGGAGGAUGGCCGGAUUGGACAGCGACCGGAGGUGAUCUACCACGUUUUCCACACUCUGCUUUUCGGAGCUCUCGCCAUGAUGUUUCAGGGGGUGAAGUAUCUUUGGACUCCAUACUUGUGUAUGUUCACUGCAUUUGGUGUGUGCUCACCUGAGCUUUGGAUGACUGUGUUCAGAUGGGUCAGAUUAAAGUCGAUUCACCCUGUAGUGCUGGCAAUGAUAUUGAGCACAGCAGUACCAACCAUCAUUGGCUUCAGCUUAUGGAGAGAGUAUUUCCCACAAAUGCUGUUGGAGCUGACAGAGGUGCAGGAGUUUUAUGAUCCUGAUACGGUCGAGCUCAUGAACUGGAUUAGAAGUCAGGCUCCACUCUCUGCCGUAUUUGCGGCGAGUCCUGCACUGUCCGGAACAGUGAAGGUGUGCACGGGUUGGCCGGUCGUGAGUCUGCCCCUCUACACUGAUCUCAGCCUGCUGCAGAGGAGUGAGAGCACGUAUCAGGUAUACGCUUUGCGCUCAGCUGAGGACGUCUACAAACUGCUGACAGCUCAGAAGUCGAGUUACGUCGUCAUCGAAGAGAGUCUGUGUAACGAGAUCAGUCCUGUUAGAGGCUGCAGGAUAAAAGACCUGCUCGACUAUGCUAACGGCCAUGUGGUGCAUGACAGCGGGGGGAUGUACACUUUCUCCAAGCAUGGCCGAUUCUGUCACGAGAUCAAAAUGAACUACUCUCCAUACACCAACUACUUCACACGAGUCUUCUGGAAUCGCUCCUACCAUGUCUACAAAGUCAACUCCAUCAUUUCCUUCCAGUAUUGA